AAUGAUGAGGCUGAGGAUCGCGCCGCUUCCCCCCCGGGAGGCCCUGUAGCCGGAGGGGGACAAGGCGCUGGGCGGGGGGGCUUUCCUGCUUUGGUCCCCCGGAGGGAGGAGGACGAAGACCCAGGACGUCGGGGCCGGGAGCCCACCUGGGCUCUGACAGGCCCGUGGACGGGCUCCGAACGAUCUGGAGGGGCCCCGGCCCCGAGAGGGGCAGAAACCCGGGGUUGGGUGGGGAAUUAGGCCGCACGAAAUCCCCGCUUGGAUUUGGGGAAGGCGUGGGCGGGCGGCCUGCCCCUGAGGUCGGGCGGCCUGCCCCUGAGGGUCAGGCGGCCCCUAGUCUCUGAGGUUCAGGCCGAGGCUCUGAGUGGGGGUCCCCGACGGGGAGGCGUGCGGGUUAAGCAUGGCCACCCGGCGUUUAACCGACGCUUUCUUGUUGUUGCGGAACAAUUCCAUCCAAAACCGGCAGCUGUUAGCCGAGCAAGUGAGUAGUUACACCUCCUCCACCUGCAGCCCUCUGCAUUCACGUAGCGUUGCUGCGGAGCUGGAUGAGCUUGCUGAUGAUCGUAUGGCACUAGUGUCAGGCAUCAGCCUAGAUCCAGAAGCAGCAAUUGGUGUAACAAAACGGUUACCUCCCAAAUGGGUUGAUGGAGUAGAUGAAAUACAAUAUGACAUUGGGAGAAUUAAGCAAAAGAUGAAGGAAUUAGCCAGUCUUCAUGACAAGCAUUUAAACAGACCUACAUUGGAUGAUAGCAGUGAAGAAGAACAUGCCAUUGAAAUAACCACACAAGAAAUCACACAGCUCUUUCAUAGAUGUCAGAGAGCAGUGCAGGCCUUACAAAGCAGAGCACGAAACUGUACUGAACAGGAAGAGCGGGUCCUCCGAAAUGUAGUAUCUUCUUUAGCUCAGUCACUUCAGGAAUUAUCCACUAAUUUUAGACAUGCACAGUCUGGCUAUCUCAAACGCAUGAAGAAUCGAGAGGAAAGAUCCCAGCAUUUUUUUGAUACAUCAGUACCACUCAUGGAUGAUGGAGAGGAUAACACUCUUUAUGAUCGGGGUUUUACAGACGACCAGCUAGUGUUGGUAGAACAAAAUACAUUAAUGGUUGAAGAGCGGGAGCGAGAAAUUCGCCAGAUUGUACAGUCUAUUUCUGACCUAAAUGAAAUAUUUAGGGACUUAGGAGCAAUGAUCGUAGAACAAGGAACAGUCCUUGAUAGAAUUGACUAUAAUGUUGAACAAUCCUGUAUCAAAACUGAAGAUGGUUUGAAACAGCUUCAAAAGGCAGAACAAUAUCAAAAGAAGAAUCGGAAGAUGCUUGUUAUUUUAAUUUUAUUUGUAAUAGUCAUUGUCCUUAUUGUUGUACUAGUUGGUGUAAAGUCACACUAGGUAACUCGAUGUGUGAGUGUGUGUGUGUAUGUGUGUAUGUGAAUUUUCCCAGUGUGAAUGAGUGGAGCUUUAUUUCUGAAAACUGCCUUUGAAUGUAUGACCCUCAGUGGUACAAGUCUGUGCAAUGUUUCAAUAGAUUCUUUUUCAUAAAUCAUGUUUCAGUAAUAGGAAUGGUUUUAGUUUCUUCCAACAGAGAGUUUCAAGUCAAAUGAUUAUGCUACCAAAUAGAAAUUGAGUUAUAUAUCCAGACAUUUGCAGUAUUUUUAAAAUAGAAAAUAUGAGGAAUUGAAAGUUUACAUGCACAUGCAAAAGCUGUUAAAAUAUAUAUAUAUAUAUAUUAUUUUUAGCAGCCAUAUUUCUGAAUUGCAUGUUGAAAAUAGGUUUUGCAAUUGAGAUUGGGGAUGGUGGUGGUGAUGUGUGUGUGUGUGUUUUGUUUUGUUUUGUUUUUUAACCAUGUGUUUUUAAAGUGAUUUGGAACCAAAAAGUAUGGUUGGAAGGUCAGAUGCCUUAAACAGCGGGUUCUAAGAAUCUAACAUUCUCAUUUUCCUCUACAGAUUUUCCAUAUUAAAAUAAAUUGAGAUAGCCUUUAAAAAUUUUAAAUUCACUCCCCUUUAAUAUAAUUUUGUUUUCUAUCAUUGCUAAUUAUCAGGUUAAUAAAGUUUGGAUACUAAGAAACAAUCAUUGAUACAAAUACAUUUAGUUGCUCAGUUAAAACAACUACAUGUAUUUAAAUGAAUAGUAUAUGUGUGUCCUUCAUUUUAGAAUUUCUGUACCAUUUUUUUUUUUUACUCUAAACCACAUGGUGUUACUAUUUAUAGCUACCCAAGCUAAAAAUUUGAUGCUAUGAAUUAAAUUCAUAGUUAAAAAGGAAGCUCCUCAGUUAUUCUUAUUCAUUCCAUUAUUUUAUAAACUAGCUUUAGGGUAACUUGCAAAUGAGGAUCUCAAAGUAUAGUUCAAUCAGAUCAUUAAUGAAACAUAUGUUAUCAGUAGUUUUAUUUAUUACUUGAGAUCUAGGUCCAUUUUAAAGUAAUAUAAAAAUCUUGACCGAAACUUUUUUUUUAAUAUAUUUAUCAAUGUGGGGCAGAUUUCUAAAGGAAGACUUCAUAGUUGUACUUACUUUUGUUGAUAUGGUGCUGUCAAAUACUACUGGAAUCAUAAAACAAUGUGAUGAGUGAUGACUUUGGAGAAUUAAAUUGUUCAUGUUCUAAUUGGUCCUGAAAUGACUGUACAAUUUUAAAGAUUUUCACCUUAUGUAAUAUUUAUAUGAUCUUUAUUUAUUCUAUACUCAUUUUCUUAAAGGUUUAAAAACUAAUUCCAAUAGUGUUGUUUUUUAUUUUGACUAGUAAAAUGAAAUGUUCUCCAUAGAAUUGACUUUGAAGUUGUUCCCAGAAAUUUAAAUUCAGGUUCAGAGUGUAGUAAUAUUAUAUGUAUGACUAAAUAAUAAAAUCAAGACUUCUUUACAUUAUAAACCUUUGCCCCAGCCACUCCCAUUUCACCCCUGAAUUGUUUAUGACUAGGCAAUCACUAGAUUUUCUUUUGAGUGAGGUGACGAUAGAUCAUGUGUUGUACCUGGCAUUCCAGGAAAUAGCACCAUUUGAAAUAUGGCCAUAAUUCUUCCUUGAUAGAUAGCUCUUUUGUUAGGGAAGAACUUAGAGGAGAAUCCCCUUACCCCAAAACUUAGGAUAUCUCCAAUUUCUCAAAUAACUUCAUCAUUUAUACCAGAUUAUUGGGCAUAGUAUUUAAGAUGACCCUAGUUGGAAAUUUUGCUAAAUUUCUCGGAAGAGGUACGGACCAUGAGAACAGUUCUGGGAAUAUCUGUGGGACUUGUUUCUGUGUAUUCAUCUGAUUCCAUUAAAUCAAAUCAUGAUAAUCUUUUUUUAAAAAUAGCUCAUUUAAAAAUAAAAACCAUUUAUUUUCAGAGAAUAGGACUUUCCCACCAAUAUGGGUUCACUAAAUAAUCAGGAUUUUCCUUUUUAAAAAAAAAAAAAAAAAAAAAAAUUUACCUGAUGUGGGAGGAAAGGAAAGCCAUUUCCUUAAGACUUUAUGAAAAGUAGGAUAAAAACUAACAUGUCGACUGUUAUUACUCUGUCUGGCUUCAGAAAGAGAUAAAAUAGUCACAUGGCUGAGAAUAAAUUGGAAUGUGGUCCCAAGAGGUACAGGGUUUUAUUGUUGGUAAGUGAGGUUUGUUUUUUUGCCCAUAAUACCCUGGACAUCAGAAUACUUUAUAUACUACUAAGUCUGUACUUGAGGAAAGAUUAGUUACAAUUUGGGCAGUAAAAUGAAACUUUAUUGUGUGGGUGAAUGCAGAUAUGCAUAUAUAUAUAUAUAUGUAUUUUUUUUUCCUGUGACUUGAGAUGGCAUUAAUUACUUUCAUUACCUCUUGACAGCCAUUUUCCGUAUUAAAAGUAGCCAAUCUAGUUUUUAGCUUUCAUGGCACAAUUGACUGCCACAAAGAAGAUGACAUUGUUUUUCCUGGAAUUGGUUGAUUACUUUUGGUUGAGAUUGAUGACAUUUUUGUUAUGCUUGUUCCAUUGUCUGUCCUUUUCACUGCUUUGGGGUGAAAGCCUACUUCAUUGCUUAAGGCAAUUUAUCAGUUUCAUUGACUGACACUUAUUGAAAGUUAAAGAAAAAAUUGGGAAGGGGGGAACCAAAUGAUGUUUUGUUCGACUUUUAUCCAGUAUUGAUAUUGAUACUUUACAUGAUUGUAAAUAAAACUACUGUCUUCUUUUUGUGGUGUUUCUGGUUACACCAUGCAGUGUAAAACAGUAUGUUGCUCUAAUUUAACAUAUUUACAUCUUUCUCUACUAAUUGAGAGUCUUUAUUUAUUUGUCUUGACACAAGUGCUUUUGAUGUUUUUAUUCUAGCUAAUGAUUUCUUAAAGGUAAUAAAACCUUUACAACUUGAUUGGUCA